AUGAAAUUUCAACCAGAAACGCUUCAUUAUGGAGGUGAGUGUUUUCUUUGCGUGUGCGCACAUGACGUCGCGUUUAUGCAUACAAUAAUACACGCCAUCUUUCUUCAUGCCCUCGUUUUCUUUUUUCAAGCUUGAAGGGGAAACUUUUGAGUUUCUCUACUUCUCUUUACUUAGCCAUGGUCAUGGGAACGUCGAUUCUCGACGAUGCUGGUCAGGGCUACCUUUCUGAGAGUUGGUUUUGUGAGCUGAGCUCAUAUAAACGUGCAAUUUUUAAACUUAAACCCAUGUUCUUUCUCAACAGCUACUCUCGCCGAGUUAGCUCAUCGAGAGUAUCAAGCAGGAAGCUACGAUCGUGCCGAACAAAUCUGUAUGCAGUUAUGGAGACAGCAGCCUGAAAAUACUGGGGUUUUGCUGCUUCUGUCAUCGAUUCACUUUCAAUGCCGACGUUUAGAUAGGUAAGCUGAACCGUUGUUUUGGUGUUUGGACUCCCAAACAAAUCCUACCAGUAAAACGUUUCCCUUGAUUUUAAAUGACGUGUUUUGACAAGAACGCACCUAGAAAGAAAAAUUAAUUAACUGUUUCGUAUUUCUGUGCUGUCCUUGUCUCAGAUCGGCGCAUUUCAGCACUUUGGCCAUUAAACAAAACCCUGUUCUCGCAGAGGCGUACUCUAACUUAGGCAACGUCUUCAAAGAGAGAGGUCAGCUGAAGGAAGCUUUGGACAACUACCGCCACGCCGUUAAGCUAAAACCUGAUUUCAUCGAUGGCUACAUCAAUUUGGCCGCUGCUCUUGUAGCAGCUGGUGAUUUAGAAGGAGCAGUAAAUGCUUAUGCCACGGCCUUGCAAUAUAACCCGGUGAGAAAAUUUGCAGUGUAUGUGUACUUUUUCAUGACCCAAUGUUGUGAAAUAUCAUGAAAGUUUUUGUUACAAAUCUGUCAGGAGGAAUGUAACUUUUACCAUUUGUUUUAUUUCAUCACUACGCAAGUAGUGAACAAUAUAAUGUCCCAAUUGUCCAUGAUCUUGGAAAAUGUGGUAAUCGCUUCGAGUCGACCUGUUGGAGUGGAUGAACACGAAAACAAAUUUAUGCUGUUGUCAUUUCAUAGGCGAAAAGAGGAAGAUUUCGCCCUGGUACAUGUGUUUCGUUAGUGCCUCUGUUUUCUUUAGAGAUGAUUCCAUUCUCUUUAGAUUUCUGAGAUUUCAUUCAUGAGUCGUGUGCAGUGAAGAACGACUUGUGAUUGACAAGUGGAUGAAUGGAAUGAAUUCAGGUUGUUCGUGUUUUUAUCGCGAGUUUUCUUUAGUUAUGACAAGAAAACUAAUUGACCAGCGGCAGUUUGACUAGCAGCUUGAUUUGACGUCUUGUCAAUGCUUUGGAUGGCUGCUAGAGUUUUCUCCUCUUUAUUGAAGUUGUUUAGCUGGCCAGUAUUAUUAUGACCUUGAUAUUGAUUCAUCAGCCGGCUGUGCCAAAUUUUAAUAAGCUUAUGGAAAGCAUUAUUUUGUCUCUAACAAUAUCGCAGUGAAAAAAGAAUAUUGUACUACUUUAAUACAAUCGAGAAAUUUCCAACUGAAAAGCCAAAUGGUUUGUCCAUUUUAAAUUCUUGUUCCUCUAACAUAAUAUCUUAAUAACAUAUAAAUGCUUAAAAGUCUCAUAAGCUGGUUUGUGUAUUUAUUAAGAUCGCAGUUAUCAAGAACAUUUGUUCGAACUCUACAUAUGAUAGUAAUGAGGCAAAGUCUCAAGAAAUGCAUGUACAGUAUAGUCAUAUAUGAUAGUUCUCUGUCCACCCAUAUGGCUCUUGAUUUGGAAAUGGAAACCUUUCGUUGCAGUGUCAUUGCACAUACUGUACACUUCAAUAGUGUAAUCUGGUAAAAUCUAAUCUGUUAAAAUCAGUCUACUGAGUUAAAUGUAUGUGAAAUGGAAAAAAAAUACAGAUGCAUAAACAAAUGGACACUGUAAAUAAAUUCCUCAAGUUUCAGUUCCUGAAAUGACUAAAUUUGAGUGAUAUGUUUCUAAAUGUAGGCAAAAUUGCAUAAUUUAAGUCUUGCCAAGUGCAGAUUGUUAAAAAUUGCCCAAUUACAUAACAUGUCACAAACAUUUCAUGUUGUAAGUAAUAAUCGUCUGAUUCCCCUCCCCUACCCCCUGGAUUAGUUGUAGCUGGGAAAGAUGGAUAGACUUGAUGAUCAGUCAAAAGUGAUGAUAAUUUUGUUUCAUGUUGUAGGAUCUGUACUGUGUAAGAAGUGAUCUUGGCAACUUGUUGAAAGCUCUUGGAAGACUUGAAGAGGCCAAGGUAUUGUGGUAGUUUUCUGAAAACCUGGUGUGACAUUUAACUUCAAGGCACAGGACAUAGCAACAACUUGAACUUCGUUGGUUGGUCCAUGCGAACUUGAUUGUGAAUGUCCCCUUGUGCGUGUUUUCAGAGCAAUCUAGUCUCUCACUUAUAAAAAAAUAUCAGUUGCCGUGAACUUAAGUUUCUGACUGCAUUUCAUACUUAUUGUCAGCCAGGCUUGCAGAGAAAACUUGUCUUAAGAGCAAAUUACCUAAAGCUUUUCAUCAUUUUGUUUGUGAGAUUUACUUGCCUCAGAUUGGCUGAUUUUUGUUGAGUGUGGUGGCACCUUUAAACCUGUCCCUGCUGAUCCAUGAGGAGGUAAAACUGUCAAAAAGAGUGAAGUAAGAGUGAUUUCAUUAACACUAUCAAUCUCUCUGCCAAGAGCAUAUAAUUUUGUCUUCAAUAUUUCCAAAUAGUGUUGUUUUCCUUUUGUGGUUGGUUGUUUAGGAUGCAUGGGUGUCACCUCUUCAUUUCCAGUGAGAGACUUGAUUAAGAAAUUUCUCCUUACCAUACUGGUGCAUUUUCUUCCAAAAAGAAUCAAUAUUUAUAUGAAACAAUUUCUGAGAAUGUCUCAUUUGAAGUGAAAGUGUCUGUACAAAGUUAAAGGUAAAUUUGUCUUGAUCAGUAAGGAGAACUUCUGUUGCUGUUUUUAUAGAAAGCAUUCACUAAGGGUGCAGUCUUCAGCUGUGUGUGCUCCAUUUUUACAAGUUAAUAAUAUUGCUUUGUAUUCCCAUAAACAUACUGAUUUGAGAGAAUCUCUGCCACUCUGUGUUACUUUUUUGCAAUGUGCUUGCAAGACAAGAUUAUUUUUAUUGUGUACCAAACCUGUUUUUGGUUAUACAAGUGGUGGCUUAUUCCUGUCACUGAUAUGAAUUUGUGUCAGUUGACAACGUUGUAGGUGAGAUUUCACGUUAUUUCCUAUUAGAGUGCGCAAAACAGUGCAGAGGUUGUAGAGAUGCUCUCACAUUUGUCAUUAUUAGUUUGAAAUUUGUACUGUUGCUUGAUUGAUUUUUGGCAGGAUGUUCUUGGCCAAUACAUCUGUGCAUCUCCCAACAUUUUAUAGCUAAAGAUGAUUAAUUUUGAAAACUCAAUGAUACAAAGAAGGCAAAAGCUCUUGCUAUUCUCAGUACCAGGCGAGAAGCACAGUUGUAUUGGUUUUUCUUUCAGAAUACUGGUGUUCGACCUCAUAAUAAUGUUGCUUAGAUCUCUAACAUUCAAUCUUCCCUUGUUUUUUUUCCCCUUUUGUUAUUUCUCCCAGUAAACUUAUACAGGGUACGUACGGCUAUCUUGAUGGAGUACACCGGCUGAAGGGGAACCAAUUGUGGAACGAUGAACUUCUCAAAGCACGUCUUUUGUCCUCCCCACACUUGCUUUCCCCCGUCUUCCAAGCUUGCCCAAUUUGCUAUUACAGACUACUCAAAAGGGAACAGAAAUAGCUAAAGUUUCAUUUUGCAAAACAUUUUUGUUUUCAUACACGUAGUUUCACAAGACUUCAUUUUUUUUGAGAUAUAAAUCAUUACAGUUUUCACUUUUUACCCAGGCAGUUUUAUGAACGAGGCAAUUCUCUUCCCAGUUGAGUUGGCUGCUUGCAUCCUGUCUCUUAGUCAUGUGGUUGAUCUCAUACCUUGGAAAGAAACAGAACAGUAUUAUCUAUUCAACACCUUGUCCCUGUGAAACAAACAGAAAGCACAAUCAUAAUGUUGCUAACAUGUGACUUCCUGGAGAUUGUUUGGAAAUGAUUAUACAAUAAGAGGUGGAACAUUAAUACAUUGAUUAACAUAUGUUGUCACGCAGCUUGAAAUAUUUGAGUGGAGAAUCUAAGACUUGUCUUGUUUCCUCACAUUAUUAAGCUUUGUGCUUUUCUAAAAUAGUUUCCAAUUGCCAGUUAACUGAAAAUAUGAGAUUACUGUUUUCAUUCAAGACAAAUAUGAUUUGAAUUGAGUGAUUAGCAGUAACAAUGUCAGUCACUGGCCAGAUUGGGAUCUGUUUUUGAGGGGGAGAUUAAAGGACAAGCAAAUUAAAUGUUGACAUAGAUGUGUAGAAUUUUCUCAGUUGUACUCAACACCCGGUUAGAGUUAUCACUGAGGCAGCACUACCAGUUUUGCAGUAACAAAGAUAAUUCAUCGUCUUUCGUAACCAAACAGAGGAAAAAAAACAAAACCAUUUUGAAACACAGCUAUGUAACUCUGCUACUUCUUUGAUCUCUUUUGUGUUGAGGCAAGAUAAUCUUGGUUUCCCUCACAGUGGCUACUGUUUGCUUUCUUCAAAGGGACAAGGUGUUUUGAGAACUAAUAGAUAUUGCAUUUCAGCCAAGACAGGAAAAAACAAGGUUGAACUAGAGGAGGAAAAUGUCGGAAUAGUAUUGCGUUGUUACAAAGGAUGAGAACAAAACCAUGAUCUUCUCUUUUUGCUCUCUGCUGUCGCCGUCUGUGUAUUUUUUCUGUGUUUGUGCUUUGAUUUUUCUUGCUCUCUGCUCUUCCUUUUGCUGCUUCCCUGCUCUUUCAUUGUUUGCUGUCCCGGCCUCUUUUGCUGUCCCCGUUUUGCUGUCAUUUUUAAAUUGAAAGGCGUGCUACUUGAAAGCAAUAGAAACACAGCCCAGCUUUGCUGUUGCAUGGAGUAAUCUUGGCUGUGUCUUCAAUGCCCAAGGAGAGAUUUGGUUGGCCAUUCAUCACUUUGAGAAGGUUAGCUAUUGUGUUAAUAUAUGUUGUAGUUCAGAAUUAAGAUGUUUAAUUUUUAUUUCGGGUGCAUUUAACUAUGACAAACUAUAUUUCAUAAGCUUUCCAGUUUUCAUGACAUUGUGGCAAAACUUUAAGAAGAACUACACACAUGUACAGUUGUAUAUCAUUCGGCAAUAAUAUGAAAUAAUUUGAAUUUCCAUGUCAUAAAGAUGUUCAAGACCCAAGCUCUGAAGAAGAAGUGAAAAGUUGUGCUUUGGUCUUACCAUACAAUUUUAUCUAUGAUAGGUACAGGUUGUUGGCCUUAAGCAUUGUUGUUUGCCCUCCUCUGGUUAGGUGGGAAUUCUAAGGACUGCAGCACAUACUCAACAGUUCUAUCUAAGCUCUGAUACACAGUAUCUUACGAUCUCAAUUGCUAACAGUCUUGUUCCUUGCAUUGGAGGUAACACACAGCACUGAAAAUGAUGCGGAUGUAUUGCAGUACAUUGAAAAAUAUGCAACUGGAGAUAGAACCAAAACUACCAAAGGAUAUUUCAGAAAUGCUGAUAGUACAUAUUUCAACUUCAGAGCAAGUUUUAGAGGAAUCUAUACUGUUUACAAGACUAAAGAGCACUUGUCAAGAAUGGCAAGAUUGGCAAUCAGAUUAGUUUCGGAAUUAGCUGGCAUUGGAAAUACCUGUCCUGAAAAUUGGCUGCGUCAGAUUUAUUUGUUGUCAAGAUUCCAAAACAAUAAUUGUAAUUGUAGGACUUUCUACUCUGUGGGUACAGGCUUCUGCUUAAACACUAUAUCUCUGAGAAUUUAUUUGUUACACAUAUUAUAUCAAUAAAAGCUGAUAACAGAAAUGUCAGCAAAAUUUUUUCACUAGACGUGAUUUUUUUCCGUAAACUACUGUACGUAUAAAAGCUAAUUUCUGACAAGAAAUAUUUUUCAGAAAUGAGAUUAUUUGGGGGUAUUGGCAAAUAAUACAUGUUGCUGUAGGUCUUCUCAAAGUUUCUAAGCCAUCAUGUAAAAACCGAAAAAGAUAUGAAACUAAGUUUGCCAUAGUUUAAUUUGCCUGCAGAAACAAUAGAUCCAACUUAAAUGUAGGUUUAAGUUUUUUAACUUUGGUGGAUUCUCAAUUUCCUUUGUCUCAAGGCUGCUUUAAAAAAUCAUUGAAUAAUAUUUGAUCUAGGAGACAAAAGAAAAUGGCUAAUCGUUACAAGGCUUCAACCUGAGUUCCAUUUUUAUCACACUGUGGGACAUAAACAUUGCAACCUCCAAGUCCCACACUCACACAACUUCAGAUAACCUAAUUAAUUAAACCUUGCUACUUAACAAAACAAAGGAACAGGGUGGAACCCUAGGUAAAUCAUUGCACCAUCAAUGGGAUGCUUCUCAAUAUUCGAUUAUGUUGAAAAACUACACGAAAGUUGAAAUAAAGUUCUGUACGGAGCCUUUCAUAAAUGUGAAGUUUUAUAGGUAGAAGGAAAUCUGAACAUUAGUUUUAAGGGUUGUGAAAAAAAAAAGGUUUAAAGGUUUGUUUAUAGUGGAAAGUACUCUUAGCUUUUCCAGGCAGUUUACAGGCACUCCACUCAAAUACUUAGAAGCAAAUAAUUAAAUACAACAUAACAGGAUUAAAGACCCUAACUGGCAGGAGGCAACCAGUUGGCUAUUUACAAGUGUGGCCAAGGAUUUGAACUCGGGUCGACCAAGAACAAAUCCAGCUAGCAGUUAAAGCAGUGCUCGGACCUGGGACCGCCAGAUUGCGAGUUUGACGCUCUUACCACUCAGCCAUGCUGCCUCCUCCUUCAAGCUGUUUCCAUCCUUCAAGCUGCAAUAACUCUGUUCCUUCUCUUCUUUUCAUGUAGGCUGUCCAGUUGGAUCAGAACUUUCUUGAUGCUUACAUCAACCUAGGAAAUGUGUUGAAAGAAGCAAGAAUUUUUGACAGGUUAGCAAUUUAAUCUUGUACAGGGGUUUCAAUAAAAAUUGAAGUAGCCAGCAGGUUUGAAAAGAGUAAUCAACUGUAUGAACAAGGGACCGUUAGUCCCAGGUCUGGGGACAUGCUCGUACAGAAACUUUUGAAAUUUCAAAGCCCUACAAUAAGAUUUCCAACGUUCUGGGGACUAAAUUAAGUACUGAUGCAUGCACUAAGGAAACUGUUGCUUUCUUUUAAGUUUUUCAAUAAUGUAAUAAAUUACAUACAUUUGCACAUAAACAAAUUCUUUGUAAACUUAUGAGAAAGUGUCAAAAAUUGUGGACUACAUGUAAAGCGUAAUAUAAAACAAGUGGAUCUUUAUGAAAACACAUUGUAAUUAUGUUUCACUCAGAUAUUAUGACUAUAUACUUUUUUUGUACCACAUUAUAAAAACUACUUGUUUCUUCUUUCGGACAAAAAAAGCCGACUUCAAAGGACGCAACAUGUUGAGUUGGUCGUUGGUGCUUAUUGAAACUCCUGCUUGUGCCUUAACCCAUUGUCACCUGAACCCUCGUGAACAGUGGUCUGGUCAGUUUGUUCUCUUUGUAUACACAGAUGUGCAAAACCAAAUAGUGGACUUAUUUUUCCCAGAAGAGAAAAAUGAUUUUCUUUGGAGUUGCAAGCAUGAUUUGUUUAUUUAGGGGGAAUUUUUGUAUGUGCAAAAAAGAGAAAAAAAGUUUAGUUUAGCCAUUAUCAAAUUUUACAGAGAUUGUUUACCUUUUACAUGAGUAGACUGGUCGGCUCAUUGUUUGAGGCAAAUGGUAAACAGAAUUAAGAACAGGUAAAUUUUGCCCCAGAAUCAUGUUUACCAUUUGUUCAGAUUAGCUCAGUUUACCAAAAAAAACAGCAGUAAAGCCUGAUCCUGGUAUCAAAGAUGGCUUUGAUGAAAUGAAACGCAAAUUUCAGUUGAAACAUCCUGUUUGGAUUCUCAAAGCUGUUUCCGUUGUUUAUUCUUCAGAGCUGUUGCUGCAUAUCUACGAGCAUUGAACCUGAGUCCCAACCAUGCAGUUGUCCAUGGAAACUUAGCUUGUGUUUAUUAUGAACAAGGGUGAGUUAACCAAUUCCAUUUGUUUUCAUCCCAGUCUUACAGAUGUGUUGAUUAGGUGUCAGUUGAAGGUUUGUUUAUAGUCAGUGGAAAAUGCACUUAGCUUAUCCAGCUAGUUUACAGGCACUCCACUCAAAUACUUAGAAACAAAUAAUUCAAAUAUAACAUAACAGGAUUAAAUGAGAUGAUUUGUAAAUAGUGCUUUGACCGAAUAGUUUUUUUUUUCUUCGGUGAAAUUAAUUGUAAAUAGGUUUUAAUAGUUAGGUUUGUUAUCAAGAAAGGGUUAUUUUCAACUCUUGAGUUAUUUCAUUCUCUUUUUCAGACUCAUUGACUUGGCGGUGGACACAUACAGACGGGCUAUUGAACUCCAACCAAACUUCCCUGAUGCCUAUUGUAAUUUGGCAAAUGCUCUAAAGGAACAAAGCAAAGUUAGUAUCUAACAAGAGAGAGCUCUAUGAUCAAAGAUGCAUUUUGUUUUUGUUGCUUUGUAUAUUUUCAUUUAAGAGUUGUUUGCAAGUCAGCAAUAAUACCUGUAAUUAGAAUGUGUUAGGAUGCUCUAGUUGAUUGUUUGUAGCUUGUCAAACCUGCAAUUUGCAAGAUGUAAUGGAGGUAGUUUCAGUUUAGAAAAACAAGCCUAACUCUACAUUAUUUAGAUGUGAGACCUACAUGUGUCACAGAAAUCCUGUGCUUAAGCGAAAAUUGAGCUUUGAGAUCAUGUUGUAAAGAUGCAGGUUUGGCUUAUUGAAUCAUUCAAGUGAGUGUUGUCAAUUUUUUUUUGCAAAGAAACUACUUUAAUUUGUUAUUGUCAAUGUUCUAAAUUACAUUUUAAGAACUGGGUGGGUGGUCAGGUGUUGCAAUGUAACUACUGUGACUAUAAUUUUUUCAACUUCAAACAAGGUGAUCACAAAAUAUCGUUAAUUGUGAAGACUUACUUUGCAAAAUAAUAUUCAUGUAUAUUUUCAUUAAUUUAAACCCCCGUGGCGACAAUUUAUAUUGUUAGGUAUCUGAAGCAGAGGAGUGCUACAACACUGCCUUGAGAUUAUCACCCACCCAUGCAGAUUCCCUCAAUAACCUUGCAAACAUCAAAAGAGAGCAAGGAAAGAUUGAAGAAUCUGUCAGGCUCUACUGUAAAGCCUUAGAGGUACGUACAGUCAGCUGUAUUAUUAUUAUUAUUACCUACAUUAAUUUGUUUCUUGUUAGUGGUAUAGGUAAAAGUCUGCAUGCUGAAGCUUGACCUGAUUUUCAUAACAUGAAAUGGAAUUUUUGUUCUCCCCUUGAUGGGAUGCCAGUCCAUGGCAGUAUUCACUUCCAUGGAGUGAGGCACUUUGAGAGUAAAGUGUCUUACUCAAGAACUCAACACAAUCACCCUGACAGGGUGAGAAAAUGACAUUUCAUGAUGCUACCUCUGGUUUCCCCUUGAAUUGACAUCUGAGAAGGGCAGAAAUUCCAAACUGAUGUUAUGUCACUACUCAGAUCUGGGUAUUUGUGCUUGUGAUUGUCUAUUUUCCCUCGUGGCAUGACCAACUGUCUCAAACAAUCAGAUGCAGUGCCCAGAUCUGUGCAGUGAUACAUUGCGGGUAUGGAACAUCUGUGCUCAUUCUUCAGACAUCAUUACACGGGGAAGCCAAUGGCAGCAUUGGGACUUGUUAGCUGUUUUAUGGCUAUGACAGGGUUGGAAACAAGGCUUCUUCAUCUUGAGGCUGAAGCACUGCACGUUAAGCCUUCUCCUCUCCCCAUGUAAUUUCCUGAGUUGGUGCUAAUUUUAUUGUCUCCUCCUUUUGCCUCAGAUAUUUCCUGAAUUUGCAGCUGCUCAUUCAAACCUUGCCAGUGUUCUUCAGCAACAAGGCAAACUUCAUGAAGCCCUCCUUCAUUACAAAGAGGCUAUCAGGUGAUUCAUUUGUAACAUCUUUUUAUUUUCUCACAAGGCUACUGUGGAAGAGCAAGUACACAAAACAUUCGAUUUAAAAUCUCAACUGUAGAGCCUGGUAAAGUUGCUGGCUUGUAACAUUGGGCAAGGCUGUGCUCUAAGAAAAAUAAUUUAAGGGAGGCCAGUGCUCUGAACCUGUGAAAUCCUGGUGCCCAGUAUAAUUAUGAUGUUCACAAAAAAAGCUAAGAUUUUCUGUUCACCAGUGUAAGUUAGGUGCUAGGGGCCACUAGGUGCUGCUAAAGCACAGCCUUGGCUUUAGAGAGAUUGGGACUGCCUAGAAACAAUAAAAUUCUGACUGGUUUUCAGUAGGACUGUAGCUAAGGCAGUUACAGCUAAGUACAAUGUAGGCAGUUAGCCUUUACGCACUUCCCGUGCCAAAAAAAUAAAAUUAUUUCGUCAUUGUUUUCAACUAAUUCUCUUGAGGAACUGUAGUACUGUUAAGAUACAUAUAUAAUAUGUUUUCAUGGGUGGGAAGAGGGAAGGAGGAGAAGGGCAAAUAGGGUGUUUUGUGGGCAGUGCAAAAGUAGCAAAUGUCAUUUGUUUUGCAGUAAAAUUUGAGCUGUGAUGGCAGCUGGCUGUUCCCAGUGUUAGACCAGACUUGAACACAGGCCUCUGGAUACUGACCACAUGACCUUGCUUUAUAUAUCUUGAUGUCAUUGUUUUAGAGUAUCGGUCCUUGACUUUAAUGGUUGUUGAUAUUAUUUUAUAGAAUUCAUCCUACAUUUGCUGAUGCCUAUUCCAAUAUGGGAAAUACACUUAAAGAGAUGCAAGACAUUCAAGGAGCGAUUCAGUGUUACACGAGAGCUAUACAAAUAAACCCAGCUUUUGCUGAUGCCCAUAGUAACUUGGCUUCAGUACACAAGGUAUGUAUGAGACUAUCUGACUCUACAGUCCAUUACAUUGGUUAAUGUACACAGGUGUGGGGUGAUCGAGCCACAGUAUAUUAAAGUGAAUGGCUGUGUCUUUGAAUAAGUUAGGCAAAGCCCAAAAAUCCAUAUGAAAAUCGAAUUGAUUCCCUACGAAAUGUUACACAUCUAAUACAACAAAAGAUAUAAAAUUGAUGAUACAAGACUGAAGUUUCUCACGUCUGCUAAAAUGUGGUUUGAUCAUCCCCAAUUUUGCCCAUCCAUACCCUAUCUUGGCAUUUUUGUAUUUUUUUUGAUGUGUUCUUCUAAAGUUUUAAAGGAGAUAUUUUACAGGUUCCAGGUAGUUCUUUGACCAGGAUAGUGGUUACUCUCUAUAUCUGUCCCAUACAUGUAAUAUUAUUAUUUUUCUAGGACUCUGGGAACAUUCCUGAAGCAAUCCAAUCUUACAGAACAGCACUGAAACUGAAGCCAAACUUUCCUGAUGCAUACUGCAAUCUUGCACAUUGUUUACAGGUAAUCUUUGUCUUCUGGUAUUGUGCUUUCUUUUUUAGGGGUUUUGGUUGGGAGGCUGAAAUCGGUGUCAUAAAUAUUUUUGGAUUAAAGAAAACCAUGACAAGUGGUUUUGUUUUCCUAUGUCAUAACCCUUAUCAAAUACCAGCAGUAAAUAAUGUCUAAUUAACAUUCUCUAUUCCUUUAUGCGAGGAAAUAAUUAUUACUAUCAAGUCUGUUUUCAUCUUUUGCUUACUUUCAGAUCAUCUGUGACUGGACAGACUACGAAUCUCGCAUGAAGAAAUUAGUGUCCAUUGUUGCUGAUCAGUUGGAAAAUAACAGACUACCAUCUGUGCAUCCCCAUCACAGCAUGCUAUAUCCACUUACACACAAGAUGAGAAGAGAUAUUGCCAACAGACAUGGUAAUCUUUGCGUUGAAAAGGUAAAUUAAAAUAUAUUUUAUUACUAUUUUUGUUCCUUCGCUAUUUGUGCCCUGUUGACCUCAGCUCCAUCCUACAAUGGAGUCUCAAAAUCCUUGGGCAACUAUCGAAAACCUUCCUUCAACAGUGGUAACAUAUCAGAUAUGCAAAUAAAUUCACUUUUACAAUCGUUUGGAUGCCUGUUAUGGCUCUCCUGUCUCGUUCCAAAGUGCAAUAUGCAACAUUGCUUGGGGCGAGGGUGGUAUGUGUGUGUGGUAGGGGGGAAGUCAGUUAAAGUCGUAUUGUGUUAAGUGUUCCAAGACUUUUGGCAUCCAUUGUUGCUCUAGGAUGAACAAAAAACCUCACUUGCCCAUCAGGCAAGCUAAGAACAAAAUUCACUCGCCUGACAGCCAAAUCCACUAGCUCCAUGCGAUCGGACACUGCUUUCUUUACACACUGUGUAAGAAGCACUGAAACAUUGUUUAUGAAAAGCUGUGUUUAUUUCUCCCAUAAGCUCUUAAAUAUAAAACUAAAGAAAAUGAAAUCUUUCUCUCGUAAUUUUUUUUUCAGUGUCAUUUUCUUACACCCACCUAACCAUGAAUGUUUUAUUUUUCUUCUUUCAAAAGGUUGCUCUUUUACACAAGCCUCCAUACUCGUAUCCUACAUCCUUGAAGGAAAGUGGCGGAAGGUUAAGGAUCGGUUAUGUUUCUAGUGACUUUGGUAAUCACCCAACUUCACAUCUUAUGCAGAGUAUUCCAGGAUUUCAUGACACUAGUAGAGUUGAGGUUUGUAGUCAUUUACUGUUAGGAUUCUUAGUAUACGCUGCUCAAGGAUUUGUUUUGAAUGACACAAUGUUGUAAAAUUUAAUGAGCAUUUUGCUUGAACGCUAUUGCCAGGUUUUCAUGCAGCUGCAAAACUUGCGAAAAAUUGCAAAAAAUCGCAAGCCCAACGAUUUUUCCUGUUACCUGCGUUUUUUCGUAGUUCUAUGUCACAUAAAUGAAAUUUUGCGAUCUUUCCGAUGAAAAAUCGCCGAUUUAGUGUGGGCCCUCCAACUCCUCUAACACUGUUUUACACAGAUUCAGCAAAUUUUCUAAUUUGAGCGAAUUUUGUGAUUUUUCUAUUUUGUCGCAAAUUUUGAAGCUACCUUUAAACCUAGGCAUAUCUCCAACCUUUUCUGCAAAAUCUAACCCCUUCAUACUUAGCUGCUUGAAACACUCCCACUGCAAUCCUCUCGCAAAGGCAACCACGUAACGUAAACAACAGUCAGGACUACAGUUGCAAUAGGACGUCACACUCCUGGUGACCCGCUUACACUGAUCGUAUGAAGACUUCUUAGGGCUUAAACCAUUCACAAAGUAAAAGAUGUUGUUCAUCGUGGUUUAAAAUGAAAGCAUUGUUUAUUGUUUAUCUUACAAUAUGUCUUUGUUUUGCCUGCUUACAAUGCUGAUGGUCUUAUCUUUUCUCGGUUGUUGUGCAGGAUAAAAUAAUUGCUGGCUCCAUAGCUUUUUAGUAAUUAAAAUAAAUACCACUAGUCUUGAAUGGUGGACGUUGUUUAAACCUCACAUAUUCUCAUUUUCUUUAUUAAUUUAGUUUCUUGUCAUUUCUUUAGAUCUUCUGCUAUGCUCUUACAGCUGAUGAUCAAACCAGUUUUAGGAAGAAGAUUGAGGGAGAUGCAGAACACUUCGUAGACCUGUCCUCCAUUCCUUGCCACGGAGAAGCUGCAGAUCGCAUCAAUGCUGAUGGCAUACAUGUCUUGGUAAACAUGAAUGGCUACACUAAAGGAGCAAGAAAUGAAAUCUUUGCUUUGCGUCCUGCACCAGUACAGGUGAUUGUAGUUUCUGUAAAUUGUAUUGAUUAUUCUAAUUUUUGGGAUAGAAAUUAGGUGUAUUGUGAGUAAUACACAAGUGGCACUUCUCUGUACCCAUAAAUGUGCUCAUUAGAAACAAUCUCUACAAGGUAAUGAGAAGGUUUCUGAUGCCGGUGUACUUUGUCUGUCUGCAGGUGAUGUGGCUUGGUUAUCCUGGGACAAGCGGUGCUCCAUACAUGGACUACAUUAUCACAGACAAAGUUACUUCGCCUCUUGAACUAGCUGAUCAGUACUCAGAGAAGCUAGCUUACAUGCCACACACUUUCUUCGUAGGUGAUCACAAGCAGAUGUUUCCACACCUCAUUCAAUAUCUGAGAGCAGCUAACAAUCAGGUUAUUGUGGAGGUGACACAGAAUGGUACAGUUCCUGCUCACACUGCUGCUGUCCUGCUCGACAAAGAGAAGAAUGACCCCUCGCUGGCUCCCAAGGUGGGUGCACUGAUUGAAGAGAAGAAGAAAGAGUACAAUGGAUGCAAAGACAGUGGCGAGAGGAUUCCGUCGGCAGUGCCCAUUAUUACUCGCUCUCAUUAUGGAUUGCCCGAAGAUGCUGUCGUCUAUUGUAAUUUUAAUCAGCUGUAUAAGAUCGACCCACCAACACUGCGAAGCUGGGUGAACAUCCUGAAGAACGUGCCCAACUCUGUACUAUGGUUGCUCAGGUUUCCAGCUGUCGGUGAACCAAACCUCAAAGCUCAGGCCAUGGCAAUGGGAUUGUCACAGGAGCGUAUCGUGUUCUCUCCUGUAGCACCAAAAGAAGAACAUGUUCGCCGUGGCCAGCUGGCUGAUGUUUGCCUCGACACGCCCCUGUGCAAUGGUCACACAACAGGCAUGGAUGUUUUGUGGGCUGGUAGUCCCAUGGUAACGCUUCCGCUCGAGACGUUAGCGUCACGUGUGGCUUCGUCGCAGCUCACCGCUCUUGGUUGUCCAGAGCUGGUGGCGAGAAACCGGGAGGAUUACGAGAACAUCGCUAUUAGACUUGGAAAUGAUCAUCAUUAGUAAGUUUGUUUUCUAACUUUCAUGACAUCAUCCAUGACUUAUUGUCUCAAGUAAACGGACGACUUAAGUGAUUAUUUUUUACUUCUUCUUUGAUCAGUAACGUAGCCGCUCAGAAGUGUGUCUGAGAUAAUCGAGCCCAAAUGGGCUCAGAGUCAAUAGGGCGAGAGGAAUAAUUGUUUUAGUAAAAUCCAACUAGUUGGUCAAAAAAUAUCGAUACAAAACAACUUAAGCUAGAUAAAGCUAGACUUAAAUCCUUUUUUGCCGCCAAAAAGCCGGCACUUUUCGCUACUAGUGGGCUAUAACAUAUAGCCUAGUAGUAGCUCAACCAAUCAGAACGCAGCAUUGAUGAUAGACCACUAGUUGGAUUUUACCAAUGUUCUAUAUGUGAGCUUUUCGUCGUUCUUUUAUGAAAAAAAGCCCUUAGUUUUUCUUUGUCAUACUUUCUAACAGUUACUACGAGACUUUCCAACACCUUCACUUUUCUAGUUUUCUUUUUUUUUCUUAGAUUUUUCAAGCAGUCUAGCCUGUGUUCAGCCGCACCCUAACCCUAAACAAAAUCACUCUCCCCGACACCACGGGGCGGCUGUACACAGCCAAGCCUAGUCCAUCAUGAAGCAAUUUAACCGUGACUAGCUUUUGAUUUUUAAAGAACUUUAAUUUAACAUCUUUGUCUUUCAGUUUGAAGAAAAUAAAGAAUAAAGUGUGGAACAAUCGACUCCGAAGCCCGCUCUUUAACACAAGGCAGUAUGCUCACGAUCUUGAAAAUCUUCUACAUAAAAUCUGGAGAAGAUACGAAUGUGGCCACGAUGCAGAACACGUUAGCUUGUGAAUACCAAGAAAUGAGUUCUUUUUCGCCCCUUAUCUGGUGAUUCUCUAACACAGACGCGGAUCACUUUAAGUUAAUAGAAAUCGAUUCCUUUUUUGUACGUCGAGUAAUAUUUUUAACGGAGAUUAUUUUAAAUCUCUUACUAUGAAAACUUGUCAAACAACUUGAACAUUAGACUCCAAACAGGAGCCAUAACUAAAAAGUUGAGGGCUUUUUACGGCAAUUUGUUGACUUUUAAGACGGGUGGCUAUUAAAGUUUUAUCAUCAUCAUCAUCAUCAUCAUCAUCAUCAUCAUCAUCAUCAUCAUCAUCAUCAUUUUUCCUUUGAUUAUCUUAAGCAAUAGAAGUAUUGUUUUGUGCACAAGAAAAUGUCAUAGAUUCCUGUAAGUUGUAAGUUAAGAAAUAACUUUGCCAUAUCGUGAAAAGAAAUUUGUAAAUAUUAAGAAUUACGAAAAGCGCUCGGUUCGCUUUUAUUAUGUAACGGUGUUGAGUCAGAGACGCCCGUGACUGCUCACGGGUCACGUGCAUUGACACGUGCCAGUAAGUUACCAGUAAGGAAAGAAACUAGUCCCUUCAAAAUAUCAUGUAAAGAGAAACAAGGCCGAAAAGACAAAAAUAAUUUUAUGUAUUAAAUGGCUUGAGUUACAGUGUCUUGCUGUUUGUUUUCUCUCAGCGAAUCCUUUGUUCCAAGGAAGGAUUUUUUUCGGGUUUACCUGAAGGUUGUCCCUGGGGUAACUUAAACGAGAACGCUCUUACAACGGGGUUAAGUCUAGCUUGCUUGGAGAUUCGAUAGAGAAAUGAGGAGGCGAUAACAAGUC